AACACAUCCAACCACACUUAGUCAGAAUGACGCUAGAAGACUUCGAGAGAGAGCUGGCAGAGCAGAAAGAGACGGAGAAGAGGCGCGACAGGCGCAAAGAACAUGAAAAAUCAGAUCACCGGCACCGACACCACCAUCGAAGUUCUCGACAUCACGACUCGCAUUACGAUGACGAAGAUGGGCACCGGUCAAAGAGAACGAGACAUUCAAGAGACGAUGACGCAUCAGAAAGCAGACAUAAACACAGACACCACCACCGCAGGCGAAGUCGAGAGGAGGAUGAGACAGAAGAGGAGAAGCAACCUGCAACCAGCUCGGGUUCGGGGGAAUUGAAGCGCGAUUCGUGGAUGGAGGCCCCUUCGGCGCUUGAUAUCGAUUACAUUCAGAGAAAGAGACCUGAGCCGUCGCUGCAGCCGAAGAGUGGUUCUCUAGAAGCCGACUUUGGGCUGAAGAUGCACGAGCGAGAACUCAACCAUCACCUGCGCGAUCUCAAGAACGGCACUCCCGUCAAUGACCUCGAAGCCGAACCCGCCACCCAUGAAGUUGAUUACAGCUUUGGAGAUGCUGGCUCCCAAUGGCGGAUGACCAGAUUAAAAGCCGUAUACCGGCAAGCUGAAGAGACAGGUCGCAAGGUGGAAGACGUUGCCCUGGAACGGUAUGACAGCCUCCGAGAAUUCGACGAUGCGAGGGAAGAAAAGAUUGAACUGGAUCGCCGCAAGACCUAUGGCGAUGGCUACGUAGGCAAGGACAAGCCUAGCGGAGAGCUGUUCCAGGAGCGGAAGAUGGACGCUGGCAUCAGACAACCUCAUCCGCGUGAAACCGAGACCAGCCCUGACAUAUUGCUCGAGCAGAUGCCUGUUCCGGCAACCACUGCUUCUACCCCAAAAAUCGACCAGACGGCACUCAACAAACUCAAGGCUCAACUCAUGAGAGCCAAAAUCCGGAAAGAUCCCAAAGCCGCAGAUCUAGAAAAGGAGUACGAUGAUGCGCUUGCUGCGUUCGAAUCACAGGAUCCCACGGUCAUCACUCUCUCUGCCAUGGACAAUCGCAUGCUCUCGUCCGCGCCUCGGAAUGAAGUCAAGGCAGUGCAGAACCGCCGUGGAGCAGAGCGCGGCCAGGUCGAGGAGAACGAAGACAUGAGCAUUGAAGACAUGGUCCGAGAGGAACGUCGCAGCCGGGGACAGCAAGGAGGCGAGGGUCUACGACUGGCAGAGAGGAUUGCCAAGGACGCCAAAUUCGACAAUGAUCUUGACUACCUCGACGAGAAUGCCGAAAAGCUGGCCAAGCGGGUCCACAAGUCCGAAAUCAACCUCCGCAAUGUGGCCAUCAACGAGUAUCAGAAACUCAAUAAGAUCCUGGAGAAUUGUCCGCUCUGCCAUCACGAAGAUACGGAGACUCCCCCCAUUGCUCCUGUCGUUUCACUCGCAACUAGAACGUAUCUCACCCUCCCAACCGAGCCGGAACUGUCGCCGCAAGCGACCAUGAUCGUGCCGACCGAGCACCGCACGAACCUCCUCGAAUGCGACGACGACGAAUGGGAAGAGAUCCGCAACUUCAUGAAGUCCCUCACGCGCAUGUACCACGACCAAGGACGCGACGUCAUCUUCUACGAGAAUGCUGCGUUUCCGCAUCGGAAGCCGCACGCCGCUCUUUGUGUCAUCCCGCUUCCUUACAGCUUGGGAGAAACCGCCCCCGCGUUCUUCAAAGAAGCUUUUCUGAGCACGGAAGACGAGUGGUCUCAACACAAAAAGAUCAUCGACACCCUCGCAAAGGCCAAGACUGGGGGGUUGGGUAAACUGGCGUUCCGGAGGAGCCUGGUGAAAGAAAUGCCAUAUUUCCACGUCUGGUUCGAAUUGGACGGUGGGAUUGGACAUGUAGUGGAGGACCAGGAACGGUGGCCCAGGGGCGAUCUAUUUGCGCGAGAGAUCAUUGGCGGCAUGCUUGGGUUAGAACCAGAUGUGAUCAAGAGGCAAGGACGAUGGCAUCGAGGGACGGAUAGUAGAGUCGAGGGUUUUAGAAAGGCGUGGAGGAAGUUCGACUGGACUAGGGUUCUCACCGAGGGCGGUGCCUAGUCGAAGCAGAGUACAAGGUCGAUUGUGGGAGCGAUGUCCCUCCCGUCUAAAGAAUUUCUAUUGUUAUGAGAUCUCUAAGUGAAUCUCAUGGUUAUUCAGACCACAUUGUACCUGAUA